AUGGACCCAACCAACUCUAUGGAAGGGGAGAACUCCCUUAUGGUACAACCCAUUCAGAGGCUGCGCGCUGUGGUGUCAGAAUGCAGAACUGUUAAGUCCUGUCUGCAGUGUGACCAGGUUGUUCGUUACGUACAUGAAGAUUUCCUUUCGUCUGUCACAGGUAUUACUGUCCGUGAUCAGAUUGAACUGAAGGAAAUCAUUCAACAUGCUUACAACAACUAUCGAGAGACCAGUAGAUGGUUUCGUGGUGUCAUAGAUCCUACAACACUUUAUCGUGCACGAACAGAAUAUCAGAGCGAGUUUAAGAGGCACUGGAAAGAACAAAGAACCGGUUCACUUCAGUGGGAUAUGAUUAAUAUAGUGGAGAAAGGAAGGAGAAUUCUGCAGAAACAUUUGGAGCUUUUUGUUGCACAAGGUCUGUGUCCUAAUAAAUGUGGACUGUUCUAUCAAAAAGUAAUGAAUUGCUCUUCCUGUCAGUAUGGACUUUAUACAUGUCUAUCAGCUACACCACCAUUAGACUGUGGAGAACAUCAUCUAGUGGCAGAAGAAGGAGAGGGGGUGGUGCUGGACUGUUUUCUGUCUUGGCACACUUUGGUAGUUGGACAGUUGGAGUAUCAUUACUCCUGGCUCCCAGCAAAUCAUCUGUCACAUGAUGGGGAGUAUGAAGAGCUGGUGGUGACAGAAGACUCUAAAAUAGUACUGAAUCAACUGAGAGUCAGUGAGCAAGGCCUGUACCGCUGCCUCUUACAGGACCAGAAGGGUACUACACUGUCUCGCAUUUACUUCAAUCUGACAGUCGACCCAUUGCCAACUACAGCCCCUAGACUGAUUGUGACAUUGCCUCCUUUGCCUUUGGGUUAUGAAUCCACCCCUCCUUCCCUACAUAGGAACGCUUUACUUAUUAUGGUUAUAUUACUGACGGUACUCAGCAUCACUGGCAGCCUGGUCAUCAUAAUUUACUUUGGAGUGACCAUGAAGCGACAGAAGGAGAGAGACAGCAGCAGGAGAGGAGAGAGGGAGGAUUCUGAAAACAUUGAGCUGACUGUCAUACACUGAGGAUGUGAUCCAAGAGACGCAUACAUAAUUCAUUAAAGUUAAUUAAAGGAUUGACGGAUUUAUGGAUUUGUUAAAAGGAAGAUUUUGUUCAAAACUCACCCUUGUGUUGUUCAAAACCGGCAUGAUUUUUAUUUUUUCACUGAGCGCAAUGCUCUUUUCCAUAUCAUGAAAGUAAAUGAAACUAGAGCUUACUAGGUAAAAGAAAAAAAGUGUUUGAGUCAGUGAACUAACGUCAUCUUAAUAGCAAAAAAGAAAAAACAACAUGCUUUGACAUGAAGUCGUGUGACUUACAGAAGAUAAACUAUAGUGCAGACCUGUUCCUGCAGGACCCUAAUGGUUCAAAGUUUAAAUGUUUCUUAAACAAACACACACUUCAGCAAUUCAGAAUCAAAUACAAAAGACAUCUCAAAUCUGUACUGUAUGUUAUAUCUGUCUAUGCUACUGUAAUUCAGUUAACUAUUAAGUUUACGUACACAUCUGCUGUUCAUUCCUUCAUUUACUGACUCUCACAAAAAGUUUGGGCAUGCAUGAGGGAGGGAAUCAGAGAUAAAGUGCUAAAGGAAGGAAAAGAUAAAUCUUUUGGAUUACAUUGUUUGUCUGGAAUUAAUAUUGACCUGCCAACUGGUUAGUCCCAGGGAUUAUCCGCCUCUGGUCAUCGGAGUGCACAGUAAAAACUUUAAAUUGUUUUUCUUUAAAUAAAGUUCCCCUUCAGCAACUGCCAGAACUGCCAGACUUCCUGUUUACCGUUUCAUCAUCUGAUUGAUCAUGAGUGUAUUUUUCAGAUCAUUUAUGGUGUUGUAUGGUAAGAGUACGGGAGAAUUUAUUUUCUGUACUUUGGGACCCACCUAUGAAAUAAGUUUGAAAUAACAUGUCAUCGGGCCUUCUGGGGAAAGUCCUUUAUGAUACUAUACAGGAUAUUACAUGUAUUGAAAGCUCCGAUUUUGAGUGUCUUUGUUUUUUAUGCUUUUAAUUAUUCAUCAU